AUGGGUGUUCCAAUUGAAAGAUUCGACAUUGAUCCAAAGAAUAAAUAUUUUAAAUCUGAUGGAAAAAUCUUAUACAGCGGAAAUCAAAACAAUACACUUCAUUUUGUUUCAUCCAUAACGAGUGGAUCAUUUACUAUACCUUUAUUCGUUACCCAAGUGAAUAAAAACUGUUUUAGAGGUUGCACUGUUUCUAAUAUUGAAAUCCAUCCUAAUUUGAGAAGUAUUGAUCAAUACGCGUUUUGUGGAACACAUAUUUCAACAUUCACAUAUAAUUCUCUUAUCACAAGGAUUGAAGCUCUCACUUUCCUCCAAUGUUCAAACCUUGAAACUGUUGAGGUAAAUGAUAAAAUUGUAUUUAUCGGUCAUAGUUGUUUUCAAUCUUGUCCGAAACUAAAGAACAUCAGAUUACCAUCGAGUCUGGUUGAGAUAGGUGAUUCUGCGUUUGCUGGUUGCACAGUGCUGAAUGAUCUAAUAAUUCCUGCUUCAUUAGUAACGAUGGGAGCUUCAGUAUUCAAAGAUGUUCGAUCUUCUUUUGUUUUGAAUUAUACUUUGAAUUCCAGAUUUCUGAUGGAAAAUGGAUUGUUUUACCAGGAUGAUAAGCGUGUUUUAUCUGGAUACUUUGAUAAAGGAGAAAAAGCAAUUACUAUUCGGUCUGAAUGUACAACAGUCAGCAAUUUAGUCUUCACAUCUGCGACAAUUCAAACUGUUACAUUUUCAAACAGUCCUGAAUUAAAUGUUGGAGAUAAUGUGUUCACCGAAUCACAAGUCAAAACAAUUAAUUUCCCAUCUACAUUAAAGAAAUUAGGAAAACAAUGUUUUCGGAACUGUCUCCAAUUAGAAAAAGUCUCAUUUCCUGGAACAAUGAUCACAGAAAUUCCUGAAGAAUGUUUCAUUAAUUGUCCAAAAUUAAAAAGCAUAACUCUGCCAAAAUCAAUAACAACAGUCAUAAGGCUCUUUUAA